AUACAUUAGUAUUUUAUUUUUAUUUUUAUUUUUAAGAUGACAAUUGAAUAAUUGAUUAGAAGUAGUACUAUGAAACAUACUCUCUCUAACAUCGGAUACAAAAAAGAGGCGCUUGGAGUCGAGUGUUGUGUUCCUCCAUAAAUCAUUUCCUAGAUUACUGUUGAUCCCAAAGCAAGCAUACGAUGAUGGGACGAGUGUAUAAUUUGAAUGUAACGAGUAGUAUAAUUGUAGUAGCGAUGCUGCUGCUAAUUUUUGGGGAUUUUCAAGAAUCAUCAUCAUCACGAGUACUAGUAAAAGCACGGCCUUUACUUUAUUCAUCUUCAUCUCGGCCUCGCCCUGCUGAUGCAGCCCCUUUUGCUCGUUGGUUGGUUUCUCACUCUUCUUGGGGUGUCCUCAACACCAUUGCAGAUGAUAUGGGAGGUGCACCUUUUGGGAAUGUAGUUUCUUUUAGUGAUGGGCAACCUGAUAGUGGCAGCGGCAUCCCUUACUUUUACUUAACUACCCUGGAUCCAACAGCAACUUAUGCUUUAAAAGACCAGAGAUCAUCCUUUACAAUAAGUGAAUAUAAUAUUGGAACUUGUGGCAAAAAGGACCCUGAAAACCCCAGUUGUGCAAAAAUUACACUUACAGGAAAGUUGAACGUACUUGAUAAUAAAUCCAAUGAAGCGGAAUAUGCCCAGAAUGCCCUGUUCUCAAAACAUCCUGAGAUGGAAGACUGGCCCAAGGAUCACAAUUUCCAGAUCUUUAAACUUGAUAUAGAGAACAUUUUUCUGAUAAAUUGGUUUGGUGGUCCGAAACCUCUAACACCGGAUGAGUACCUGCAUACUUCAUUGAACAAGCUCUCAUACGCAAUGUGAAAUUCUUUCUGAUAUUAUGUAUGUUAAGGAAUUCGGCAAUAUCUGUAAAUUAUACCAGACAAUUGAAACUGUGUACCUCAGUGUUCAUACUCUGUCCAGGAUACCAAUUGCUCAUAAUGUAAUUGUAUAUUAUCACGUUUGCAUUGAUUGAUAACUUGUACCUUUAUAGACUUCCUGCCAGUCAGAGGCGCAUAUUAGUUUUGCUUGUUUUUCCAAUAUAUCAAACCAAAAAUUGUUAUU